UAAGAUUGUGUCCGGUCCAUUUGCUGAAGACAAAUACUUGAUGGCCAAGGCUAGUUCUAUGUAUUAAUGGAGAAGAUGAAAAAACAUCAACUCUUUCAACCAGAUUCUCUUUUCUCUCUCUUAAGAACAUCCAUAUGUCUCUGCUCCUGAGGCGGCUCUCGAGUCACGGCCUUGGGAAACCUCCUGUGUCCGUGAGAUCCUCUCUUCUUCUUUUUCUCUCCAAAGGAUUCUCAACUUCAUUGCGGCAAACCCCUCCUUGUAAAAUCGUCUUGGCUGAGCCUUGUGGAGGGGAUCUUGGAAAACUUGUGGUAAUGAAUUUAAAUGAACCUGAGUGCACUGAUUUGGAGAAGAAGGUGCCACUGGAGUUAGUGUAUGAUGAGAAGAUAAUAAUAGGGGCAUCCCGUGGCUGGAUAGCUACUCUAAAGGAAGAUGGAGUGCUGCGUCUCCAAGACGAUUUCAACCCUGUGGCAUCGGAUACAAAUCCGAAACGCAUUCCUCUGCCUCCUCUUGUGACUCUGCCUCAUUGCCAAACCAAAAUCAUCACCAAUGUGUCACUGUCCUCAUCUUCUCCAGAGGAUGAUCAAGACUGUGUCGUGGCUAUCAAGUUCUUGGGACCGCAACUCAGCUUUUGCAAACCAGCCUCUCAGAGUAAACCAGAGUGGACAAACAUCAAGAUCGAGAACCCCUGCUUCUACUCAUCCCGUGUCAUGUUUUCCAAGAAACACAACUUGUUUCGCAUCCCCGGGUCUGGAGGCCAUGUCAUCGGUUCAUGGGAUCCCUACAAACCCAGCAAUAACCUCGAGCUUCAGAGCUUGCGGUUUACAAACAUGCCCAAGCUCACAAAGUCUAAACAGAAUCUUUUGGAUAUGUGCUGCAGGAGCGAGCACUUGGUGGAGUCACUACCUACCGGUGAAAAUUUCUUGGUCAAGCAGUACAAGAAGACAAUCAAGAUCACCAAGGCUGGUAUCGCUAGAAUGAGAACCAAAGCUUUAAUGGUAUUCAAGCUAGACGAAGAGGGAAACGCCGUUUACACUCAAGACAUUGGAGAUCUUAACAUGGUCCUCUCAAUGUCUGAACCUUUCUGUGUCCUUGCUACUUCCUUUCCUGAUUUACUCCCUAACAGUAUCGAUAUCAAAGAUUUCGACGAAUCAGGUUUUGUCCAUCUGAAAUGCACAAGAGUCUGGAGUAGGUCUUAUCCAUGUAGUAUCCCUUACUACAUUCCACCACAACAUAUUAUCGAGUCUUAGAUUUGAAUACUGAAGAAUAAAGCAAGGAGUUUCAAUGGAUCAUGCAGUCCAAUGAAGAUAGCAAUUGGAUCAUUUAGCCUUUUUUACUUCACCAUAUUAUAUGUUCAGAUUCUUCAGAAAAUUAACUUUCGUAGCUUCAGUCUCCCAUAUUGUAAAACAAAAUGUUAAAAGUAUUAACACCAAUAAUUGUUUCGCUGAAGAAGAAGCAAUCUAAGGAACUCGUUAUCUUUCUUUGACGAUUCAUAAUUUCUCAAU